AUGGAGUGUUUGUCCCCAAUCAUUGGUGAGAUUUUGAGUUCAAUGUACAACUCAAGGUACUCACGAUUCGCUAAUGCCUUUAAGUUCAAAUCAAACGUCAAAGCUCUGAAUGAUUCACUCGAGAGAUUGAAAGAGCUUAAGGGUAACAUGAAUGAAGACCAUGAAACUUUGCUGACCAAAGAUAAACCCUUGAGACUCAAGCUAUUGCGUUGGCAAAGAGAGGUAGAAGACGUUAUCUCCAAAGCACGGUUAAAACUUGAAGAACGGGUUUCAUGUGGAUGUGGUAUGUCCUUGAGAUCCAGGCUGAGUAGGAAACUUGUCAAGAUUCUCAAUGAAGUGAAAAUGCUUGAGAAGGAUGGCAGAGAGUUUGUCGACAUGCUUUCCGUGGAUUCUACUCCGGAAAGAGUUGAACAUGUUCCAGGGGUCACAAUUGUUCAUCAAACAAUGGCGUCAAAUAUAUUAGUCAAAAUUAGAGAUGGUUUGAUAAGCGAUAAGGCUCAAAAGAUUGGUGUUUGGGGCAUGGGAGGAGUAGGAAAAACGACACUGGUCAGGACGUUAAACAAUAAGCUAAGGGAAGAGGCUGCUGCUCAACCAUUUGGCUUGGUGAUCUUUGUAAUAGUGUCCAAAGAGUUUGAUCUAAGAGGAGUCCAAAAGCAGAUUGCUGAGAGACUGGAUAUUGAUACCCAUGUGGAAGAAAGUGACGAGAAAUUAGCAAAAAGGAUUUAUGUUGGACUGAAGAGAGAGAGAAAUUUUCUUCUCAUUCUUGAUGACGUUUGGAAACCCAUUGAUCUGGAUCUUUUGGGCAUUCCACGAACGGAAGAGAACAGAGGUUCAAAAAUCAUUUUGACUUCCAGGUUUUUAGAGGUCUGUCGCAGCAUGAAGACAGAUCUUGAUGUCAGAGUGGAUUGUUUACGUGAAGAAGACGCUUGGGAAUUAUUUUGCAAAAAUGCAGGGGAAGUUGUGAGGUCAGACCAUGUUAGGCCGAUUGCAAAAGCCGUGUCACUUGAAUGUGGUGGAUUGCCUCUAGCUAUCAUCACUGUUGGAACAGCUAUGGGCGGAAAAAAAAAUGUCAAGCUGUGGAAUCAUGUCUUGACUAAGCUAAGUAAAUCAGUACCUUGGAUCAAGAGUAUUGAAGAGAAGAUAUUCCAGCCACUGAAAUUGAGCUACGAUUUUUUGGAUGGUAAGGCAAAGUCUUGUUUUCUCCUUUGUGCUUUGUUUCCUGAAGACUACUCGAUUGAAGUCACAGAGCUUGUAAUGUACUGGAUGGCUGAAGGAUUCAUGGAGGAACAAGGUUCUCACGAGGACUCCAUGAACGAGGGAAUCACAGUUGUGGAGAGUUUAAAGGAUUAUUGUUUGUUAGAAGAUGGUGCUCGUAGAGACACAGUUAAGAUGCAUGAUGUUGUCCGCGAUUUUGCCAUAUGGAUCAUGUCUUCCUCACAGGAUGAUUGUCAUUCCCUUGUCAUGUCUGGUACAGGUUUGCAAGAGAUUAUACAAGAUAAGUUUGCUCCUUCUCUUCGAAGGGUUUCUUUGAUGUACAAUAAACUAGAAAUGCUUCCUAAUCUCACAGAAGAGUACUGCGUACAAGCCUCAGCCUUACUGCUACAAGGCAACUAUGUUCUGAAGGAAGUACCCAUUGGAUUCUUGCAAGCAUUUCCAAAUCUUCGAAUCUUGAAUCUAAGUGGGACUCGCAUGAAGUCGUUUCCUUGUUGCUCUCUUUUGCAUCUUUCCAGUCUUCAUUCUCUCUUCUUCAGAGAAUGUUUUAACCUUGUAGAACUACCUUCACUCGAAACUCUUGCCAAACUUGAGCUACUUGAUCUUUGUGGCACUCAUAUCACGGAAUUUCCAAGGGGGUUGGAAGAACUGAAGAGCUUCAGACACCUUAACCUUUCACGAACCCUUCACCUUGAAAGCAUUCCAGCUAGAGUUGUUUCACGGUUAUCAAGUCUAGAGACACUAGACAUGACAUCAAGUCACUACCGUUGGAGCGUACUUGGAGAGACACAGAAAGGGCAAGCAACACUUGAAGAGAUAGGAUGCCUCCAGCGUUUACAAGUUCUUUCUAUCAGGGUCCAUUCCUCUCCAUUUCUUCUAAAUAAGAGAAACACUUGGAUCAAAAGAUUGAAGAAAUAUCAACUUGUUGUGGGCUCUCGUUACAUUUUGCGUACAAGACACGACAAGAGGAGGCUAACAAUAAGUCACCUCAAUGUAUCACAAGUAUCCAUUGGGUGGUUGUUGGCUUCAACAACCUCUCUAGCACUAAACCAUUGUCAAGGGAUCGAAGCAAUGAUAAAGAAAUUGGUCGUUGACAACAAGAGUCUCAAGAAUUUGAAAUCUCUUACGAUUGAGAGUGUUAUCAUCAACACAAAUUCUUGGGUUGAGAUGGUAACCACUAAAGCUUCAAAACGAUCCUCUGAAAAUCUAGACCUUCUUCCAAAUUUGGAGGAACUUCAUUUGCGUCGCGUUGACUUAGAAUCCUUCUCAGAGCUACAAACACACCUUGGGUUGAGACUGGAAACAUUGAAGAUAAUCGAGAUCACCAUGUGUCGCAAACUUCGAACACUACUCGGAAAGGGAAAUUUCUUGACUAUCCCAAAUCUGGAGGAGAUAGAGAUUAGCUACUGUGACUCGUUGCAGAAUCUACACGAGGCUUUCUUAUACCAUGAACCUUUCCUACCAAAUUUACGUGUCUUGAAAUUGAGAAACCUUCCAAACCUUGUGAGUAUUUGCAACUGGGGAGAGGCUUGGGAAUGUCUUGAACAGGUGGAAGUGAUACACUGUAAUAAGCUGGAUUGUUUACCCAUAAACUCUACCUGUGGAAGAAUCAAGAAGAUUAAAGGAGAAUUGAGUUGGUGGGAGCGUUUGGAAUGGGAAGAUCCCGCUGCUUUAAUCAAUGCUGAACCUUUUUUCAAUCCAGUGAAAGAAGUUCCUCUACUUGUAUUAUCAUAG